CGCCUGCAAAAAUGAAACUUUUCUCUAAUAUCGGGGCUCUUACUGAAACAGUUGGACCCAGGAAUAUAGUCGACGAUACCAUGGCAUUCCCGUUGCUCAUCCAGAGAAUACUAGGCCAAAACAUUUUAAACCCCAAUUCCACCUGGAAAACGACCAUUGUGCAUCACAUAGCAAGCGCAGCUUUGAUAAUAUACAUUAUUCUUGGUACGUACGAAAUUCUAUCGAAUACUACGGAUAUUAAAGACAUAGCUGAAGCAUUUUAUACGUAUGCUAUCAUUGGUAUAAUUAUAAUCAAGUAUUUUCUCUAUACCAAUGAGAAGAUCAUGUUUCGUAAAUUAUAUGUAAAAGCAAAAACGUGUAUUCUUGACAUAAUAUCCGAAGAUUCUCACGAAGGAAUGGUUAAAGUGCUCCAUAGAACAAAACGAAUUUUGUUUUUAAUGUUUGCUGCCAUCGUCCUGCCUGUGGGUUCAUAUGUCGUUAGGGUUUUUUGGUAUUAUGCUAAAGGGGAAAGGGUGCUAAUUUCCAAGACGACUUCAACCCUUCUGCCUAUGACGUCGCCGUACUAUGAAAUCGCGACUGGUUUUCAUGCUAUUUUCAUGGCUAGUAUCGCAUCGACUUACGUCGUUAUAGAUAUGUGGAUUAUAUUUUUGAUGAAUUUAUAUUGUUCAGCCAGUGAUUGCGUGGUGAAAAUUGUAAACGUGAACAAGGAAGACGAGGAAAAUAUGGAAAACUAUGAAUUACGUUUGAAUGAACAUCUGAGGAAAUUUUAUUUGAGACAUGUUAAACUUGUCGAAUAUCUUCACAUUCUGAAUGAAACUUUGAAAUGGCAAUCGCUAGUCCCACUCAUAACCGUUAUAGUUUUGUCUUGUAUUCCAAUGUUAUCAAUGAGCAAAGAAUUCGACUUGACCUUUGCCACGAACAUUACACCAACAAUCGUAGAGGUAUUUGUCUAUAAUUGGUUUGGGGAGCAAAUCAAAACCAAGUCUAAUGCCUUACGUGAUGCUCUCAUACACUUUGACUGGGUAAACUUGCAACUGAAAGACAAAAAGAAUUAUUACGUAAUAGUGAGUUUCAUGAACAAAGAUUUUGGAGUUACGACCGCGUUUGGGAGCGAACUCUCGCUUAUAACUAUGACGUCGGUCCUCAAAGCCAGCUAUCAAGCCUUUACUAUGUUGAUUCAAAUGACUGUUUGAAAGCUAAAAUAUAUAUUAUUAUUUAAAUUUUAUCUUAGAAUUUCUGUGUCCACAUUUUGAUCACUAGCGUUCCAUAACAUAAAUCCAUAACUAAACUUGUAAUUUUUCAGGCUCUCACCACACAAAUUAACCAAUCAACUAAUCGGAUUUGGCAAACAGAUUCGUUAUUAUAUUGCAAUUUGACUAUUUUCUUCUGCAAGUUCUUGUACCACUACAUAGUAUAAAACAAAUUCGUUACUCACUUGUUUCUGUCCGUACGCUUUAAAACUACUACAGAACGGAAUUUCAUGUGAGUUUUUUAAAUAGUGUGACUCCUGAAGCAGGUUCUUAAGUAUAAUUUUAUUAUGGUUUUGCCCGAGCGAAGCCGGGUUAUUAACGUCUGGCCUAUUUGGGAAUAACAGACAACUAUAGUUUAAAAUAAUACAUACUUGCGCAGAUCUGCGCAUCCGCACUCAACAAAUGUAAUUUUACUGCAAUAUUCCUGUUCACACCUACUAUCAUAGUGUAUCCAAUAAAUCGUAUUGUGUUAUUUUAAUAAAAUUGAUAUAAAAUAUCACUAUAUUUAAUGUAUAGUAUAUAUAAUCUAUAGUAUAAAUUCUUAAUUGUAUUACGUAUUUAAUGUGUAUCAGUUUAAAUAAAUCAUAUUACACAUCAGUUUCGUUAAAAUAAUUCAUAAACAGUUUCCACUGGACAUUCGAAUUCACAGAAAUAUUAACAAAACAUUAUUCGCCCUUAUUUCCUUGCAAUAAAAUAUAUU